UUGUUUUCCUUUGAGUGAAACUCUUUCCGACAUUCACUGUCACGAGGGGAAAUGGCGCAGCAAGAAAAUCUAUUGGACGGAAAACAAUUCUGCUGUUCAAUCUGUCUGGAUAUGCUGAAGGUUCCAGUGACUAUUCCCUGUGGACACAGCUACUGUAUGAGCUGUAUCAAUGCCCACUGGAACAAUGAGGACAAGAAGGGAAUCUACACCUGCCCUCAGUGUAGACAGAUCUUCACAUCGAGGCCUGUCCUGGUGAAAAACACCAUGUUAGCUUAUUUAGUGCAGGAUCUGAAGAAGACCGGACUCCAAGCUGCUUCUGCCGACUGCUGCUAUGCAGGAGCUGAAGAUGUGGCAUGUGAUGUCUGCACUGGGAGAAAACUGAAAGCUCUCAAGUCCUGUUUGGUUUGUUUGGCCUCUUAUUGUGAAAAACACCUGCAGCCCCAUUACGACGCAGCUCCGUUUGAGAAACACAAGCUGGUGGAGCCCUCUGAGAAGCUCCAAGAUAACAUCUGCUGCCGUCACGAUGAAGUGAUGAAGAUGUUCUGCCGCACCGAUCAGCAGUGCAUCUGUUACCUCUGCCCUGUGGAUGAACACAAAGGCCACGACACAGUGUCAGCUGCAGCAGAAAGGACUGAGAGGCAGAGAGAGCUGGAGCUGAGCAGGGAGACGAUCCAGGAGACGCUCCAGGACAGAGAGAAAGAUGUGAAGGUGCUUCAGCAGGAAGUGGAGGCCGUCAAUGGCUCUGCUGAUAAAGCAGUGGAGGACAGUGAGAGGAUCUUCACUGAGCUGAUCCGUCUGGUGGAGAAAAGAAGCUCUGAUGUGCAGCGGCAGAUCAGAUCCCAGCAGGAAACUGAAGUGAGUCGUGUCAAAGAGCUUCAGGAGCGACUGGAGCAGGAGAUCACUGAGCUGAAGAGGAGAGACGCGGAACUGAGGCAGCUCAUAUGCACAGAGGAUCACAACCAGUUCCUGCAGAACUACCCCUUACUGUCACCACUCAGUGGAUCCACACACUCUUCCAGCAUGAGCAUCCGUCCUCUGAGGUACUUUGCGAAUGUGUUGUCCGCCGUGUCAAAGGUCAGAGAUCAACUUCUGGACAUUCUCAGUGAGACACGGACAAACGUUUCACUAACGGCGACUCCAACUGUUGUUGUACCGUCACAACGAGAGCCCAAAACCAGAGCUGAGUUCUUAAAGUAUUCACAGGAAAUCACACUGGAUCCAAACACAGCAAACACACGUCUCUUAUUAACUGAGGGAAACAGAAAAGCAACAUUUAUGAACAAAAAACAGUGUUACUCUUGGCACCCGGACCGAUUCACCAUUUGGUGUCAAGUCCUGAGCAGAGAGGCUCUGACUGGACGCUGUUACUGGGAGGUGGAGUGGAGAGGAAGAGGAGUUUAUGUCGCAGUUGCGUACAAGAGCAUCAGCAGAGCAGGGAACUCGUGCGAAUGUGGAUUUGGACUCAAUGACAAAUCCUGGACGUUAGAUUGUGACCGAUACAGUUAUAACUUUUACCACAACAAUAUCAAAACUCCAGUGUCGGGUCCGCAGUGCUCCAGAGUCGGAGUGUACCUGGACCACGGUGCAGGUGUUCUGUCCUUCUACAGCGUCUCUGCCACCAUGACUCUCCUCCACAGAGUCCAGACCACGUUCACUCAGCCUCUCUACGCUGGACUUUGGCUUUAUUAUGGAGACACAGCUGAGUUCUCUAGCCUCAAAUAGAAUGAUGUCAUUUUAAAGAACUCUGAUUUAAAUUCUCUGCUUUGCUUGUUGACAUUUCUGCUCUGCACCUGUUAAUUAAAAUGUUAUUGGCGGUACUUUGAUGUGGACAACUCGGAAUUUAACAUAAUUUUACAAUCACCACUUUUUAGCCAAUACAGACGUUAUAUUGUUUUAAAAUUACAUUUGAAAGUAUGUUUUCAAUUAUUUAUGUCAGUCAACCACCUUUUUUAUUUGCUCUUCAUCAUUUGGAAAUAAGGCAACCGUGUAAACACAUAGUUGCAACACAUUUUGUUUACAGCUCCCAGUUUUAUUUCCACAUUCUGAGCACAUUAUCUGCUUUUGUUUAUCUGGAUGUGGUGAUGUUACUAUUGCAAAAUCUGGUGUUUUUCCAAAUUGUGAACUUUUGUGCGGAUCCAGAUAAUAGUUUGGAGUCUGUGAAUCAAAAUAAGUAUAUUAAGGGGGUUUAUCUCUAUUCAGUUACAGUACAAUAACAAAUAUUCCUUUCCGCUAUAUCAGAGAAUGAAUAUUUUGCCUGUGGUUAAUGUAAACGCUUUACAGAAAAUGUUUCUGUGUAUGUAUCUGAUCUUAAUAUAUGUAUAUGCACUGUGGUGAUAUCAGCCUUGGCGGAGGUAUUUGCUCUCAUACUUGAUAUUUAGCUUUCUCAUGGUUUUGAAUUUUAUGUAAAACUUGUUGUUUAACAGCUCUGGACAAGCAAAAGACACUUUUUGGUUCAAAAUGUUGGAAAGUUGGACAGAGUGAGAAUAAACUGUUCCCCAAUAACUUAGUUUCACAUUGACAAGACAAAUGGUAAAAAUGAACCUUUUUUUUUGUUCAAACAGAGUCGAUCAAAUUACUGAACGUCUGGAAAUCCUUCAACAUUUUCUGUGUUGUUUUGUCUUUAGCCUGAAAUUACUAAUUGGGCUUUUUCUCAAAGGUUAAUAAAGGUAUUAAUUAACAUUGGAAAAGAAUGAUUUCAGUUGAUCUAUUUUUCAUUUAUCCUGACGCAUAACCCACAAUAUGACAGCACAUUUUGUACAAGGACGAGGACAAACAAAAAACUCUGUAUUUCCCCAAUAAACCUUGUUAUGA